GGCGUGCUUCUUAGUACAGACCGCAGCUCCGAAGCCAACUGACAGUUGAAUCGUAUAUUAUUUCACGCCAAAGAGUCGUGGCGGAUAGUCGCCAAUGUGUCGUCAGUUAUAUUUGCAUUCAAUUCUUUCAUCAACACUCGCUCAUACGGGUUAUGGUUGAACGGUAACGAUUUUUCAUUUCAAAAUUCGAACUUGCCAACGGAUCCAAACUUUCGCGCGCAAACGCCGCGUGCUUGUGUUUUGUUUGUUGUCAACCCUGUGAGUGAUCAUUGAAGUUGAUGCUGAGAAGCAAAUUUCUACACCCGAGGAUUCAAUCUGAAGAAGAGUACCUAAACCUCAUUGAGGAAUUUGACAGAACGGUGAUGAUAUGGUGCACAAAGGAUUUGUCAUCAAAGGAUAGAAAAUCGUUGCGUGUCAACAUCGAGUACGAUCAUGCGUCUCUGUUGCGCUGGUCACCAGACAGCAAGGCUUUCAUGAUACACAAGGCUAUCGCAAACACCGUAGAAGUAUACAAAGUCACGAGAAAGCCUGACGGUUUCCCAGCAUCAGUUACAAAGGCGAUUGAAUUUCCAAAGCAACAUAACGACGAUGUUGUUGGUAUGGACAUAGCAUGUAACGGGCGUUACAUUAUGACCUGCAGCAAUACGACGCAGCUACUCGUCUGGGACUUGAAAGGACAGCUGCUAUCAACGAUCGAUACUUAUCUGAUGACAACGCAUCGGGCUCGAAUAUCUCCGUGUGGUCGUUUUAUUGUUGCAUCAGGUUUUGCGCCGGACCUAAAAGUAUGGGAAGUGGAAUUCACGAAGGCAGGAGACUUCAAGCAAGUAUCGAGAGCCUUUGAACUCAGCGGUCACAACUCCGGUGUUUAUGAUUUUGGAUUCAGUGCAGACACCAGUCACAUUGCAAGCGUUUCUAAGGACGGAACAUUCAACCUUUACGAUACAAAAAUUGAAUACAAGAAAGGAGAGACUCCGCGUCUCCUGUUAACUGGAUCAUGGGCUGGAGGUUCUAAUGCUCGACUCGCACUGUCUCCAAACGCCGAAGUCAUUGUUAUCGCACAUGGCACAUCAUUGUCGUUCUUUUCUGCUUUGACCGGUGAAUUGGAUCUUACGAUCACGGACGUUUUCAACGGACCCGCAACUGGCCUCCUCUUCGACGCUCUUGGGGAGCAUGUUUUGGUAUCUGGAGAUAAGCAUAUAAAAAUAUUCCACAAUGUUACUGGCUACAAGACGGCGAUUGCAUCCGCCCGCGAGAAGCUCAAGCAAAAAAUUUCGUCAGCCACAAAAGAACGUCUGGAAAAAACUAUUGCCGACAGUCAGAAAUUUCUUGAAAACAUAGCGCAACGCUAAAUAAAUCUGGUAAUAAGUUCCUUGCCAUCAGAUAAGUUUCUGGGUAUUUGAUCGGCGAUUGACAUUGUUUUCUUAUAUGAAGCUCUUCAUUGCUUGAACACUACUUGCAUGAAAUUCGACAAAUAUUUUACUGCAGAAUUUUUUCACACUAUUAUCCCGAGGGUUUGUAAUUGAUCGUGGAGUAAAACGAAGAAAAUAGAGCGUUCUCAUCAAUCCUACAUUCCAUAUAAAGUCCAAGGGAACGUUAAUACAUAUUCAUUUACUUUUUGUACUCCCUUAUCUGCUUCUAUAUCAAAAAUCACUUAUCAGUCUCACAUCAAUAUUCAAGAAAGUGAUACGAAAUGUAUCCAAACCUAUAUUGUAUACUAGACAUUUUGUAUGUAAAAUAAGUGUUUUUCAUGUUGAUACAAUAAAAUAAUAAAAAUUAUCGCCAUUCUAUUAUUUGGCUGGAUUGCUCGGUACGGGAUUGAAUCGAACAAUUGC